UCAGUUAUUAACUGAAAGGAAACGGAUAAGAAACCUGAAACCCUAAUGAAGCAGGAAACUGAACUCCAAAUGCUAACCAUAAUCACUGUCCUCCUCUGAAAAUCCCUCUAUGGAACUCUCUAAUCGUUUCAUCUCCAUUAAAAAUUCCCCAAUUCUCUUCUCCAAACCAUUCAAACUCAAUACUCUAAAACUCCUCUUUUCCCUUCCCAACUCGACCGAGUCACCCUCGUCUCAACUUUCUCUGUCUCGCUCUCUGCAAUUCGAGACUCUGAAAGCCCUAGAAUGGAGCUCUCUUUGCGAGCGUCUCUCUCCCUUUACGUCAACCUCAAUGAGCCAUUCAGUCACUCGGAACGCAAGCAUUCCAAUCGGGAAAAGCCUCCAGGAGAGCCGUGAGUUACUCAAUCAGACAGCUGCGGCAUUGGCCGUGAUGCAAAUUGAGCCGUUAGAUUUUUCGGGAAUUGAUGAUAUAUCAGGAAUUGUGAAUUCUGCGGUUUCCGGUAACUUGCUUACGGUUAGUGAGCUCUGUGCUGUGAGGCGGACGCUGAGAGCUGCAAGGACAUUGUUUGAGAGGUUAAAGGACGGCGGAGAUUGCUCAGAGAGGUAUAUCCACCUGCUUGAAAUACUCGAGGGUUGCAAUUUCCUAAUGGAGUUGGAGCAGAAGAUAGGAUUUUGCAUAGACUGUAAUCUUUCAAUACUCCUUGACAGAGCUAGUGAAGAAUUGGAAAUCAUUCGGUCUGAAAGGAAGAAGAACAUGGAAAAUCUGGAUUCUCUGUUGAAGGGAAUAUCAGCUCAGAUUUUCCAGGCUGGAGGUGUUGACAGACCUUUGAUAACUAAGCGCCGGUCUAGGUUAUGUGUAGGAGUUAGGGCUUCCCACAAAUAUUUGAUUCCUGAUGGUGUGAUUCUUGAUGUUAGCAGCUCUGGUGUGACUUAUUUUAUGGAACCUGCUGAUGCAGUGGAAUUGAAUAACUUUGAGGUUAUGCUCUCAAACUCAGAGAGAGCUGAGGAAGUAGCCAUUUUAAGCUUGCUUACCUCUGAAAUAGCACAAUCAGUGGGGGAUGUAAAAUAUUUAUUGGAUAGAAUUCUAGAACUUGAUCUUGCUUUUGCUAGAGCUGCUUAUGCUCAACAGAUUAAUGGAGUCCAUCCGAUUUUGACUUCAGAAGACUGUGAAGGUGAACCUUCCAUUGGAGUAAAUUGUGCAUUAUCAAUAGAUAUUGAAGGUAUACAACAUCCAUUACUUCUUGGUUCAUCUCAAAGAAGUUUGUCUGAAGUCCUUCGGUCCAACUCUGAGAAUUCUGCUGAAUUGGAUGGUGGAGAUGGUGUAAUUGCUGCUGAAAGACUGUCCAAAAGUGCAUCUGCUUUUCCUGUGCCGAUAAACAUUAAAGUGGAAAGUGGAACCAGAGUAGUUGUAAUUUCAGGACCUAAUACUGGAGGCAAAACUGCUUCUAUGAAAACUCUAGGUAUAGCAUGUAUAAUGUCAAAAGCUGGCCUAUUUUUGCCUGCUAAACACACACCUAGAAUUCCAUGGUUUGAUCUAGUUCUUGCUGAUAUUGGGGACCACCAGUCACUGGAACAAAAUCUCUCAACCUUUAGUGGGCACAUAUCACGCAUUUGUAAGAUAAUGGAGGUGGCCUCAAAAGCAUCACUUGUCCUUAUAGAUGAAAUUUGUAGCGGAACUGAUCCUUCUGAAGGGGUAGCACUUUCAAGCAGCAUUUUACAAUAUUUUAGAGAUCAUGUUAACUUAGCUGUUGUGACAACUCAUUACGCCGAUCUAAGUCUCCUGAAAGAUAAGGAUUCCCGAUUUCUGAAUGCAGCCAUGGAAUUUUCUCUUGAAACCUUACAACCUACCUAUCAGAUCCUUUGGGGGAGUACUGGAGAUUCAAAUGCACUAAGCAUUGCUAAAUCACUUGGCUUUGAUAGUAAUAUGAUUGAAAGUGCACAAAAGUGGGUGGAGAAGUUAAUGCCUGAAAAGCAGCACCAGCGGAAAGGUUUGCUGUUCCGAUCUCUAAUGGAGGAAAAAAACAGAUUGGAAGCUCAGGCCACUAAAGCCACAUUCCUUCAUUCAGAUGUUAUGAAGCUUUACAAUGAGAUUCGGCAUGAGGCAGAAGAUCUUGAUGGGCGUGUGAUAGCACUCAUGAAAAAAGAAACCCAACAAGUCCAACAGGAGGUAAAGGCCACAAAAUCUCAGAUAGAAAUUGUGGUACGUGACUUUGAAAAUCUCCUUAGAAAAGCUAGUCCGGAUCAGUUUAAUUCUUUAAUUAGGAAGUCAGAAUCAGCAAUUGCAUCCAUUGUUGAAGCACAGUGUCCUUCUGACAGUCUCCUUGUCAAUCAAGUAGAUGUUAGUUCACACACUCCACAAUUUGGAGAGCAAGUCCAUGUGAAGGGACUGGGAGAUAAAGUAGCCACCGUAGUUGAAGCACCAGGAAAUGAUGACACAAUCUUAGUCCAAUAUGGUAAAAUCAGAGUUCGUGUGAAGAAAAGUGAUAUUAGACCCAUUCAAGGUAACAAAAGGAGUGCUGCAACAAAUUUGGUCCCAGGAUUAAAGAGACAGGGUCAGCAGAUUCAUUCUGAGUUCAACCAGAAUGAGGAGGUAUCCUAUGGCCCUAAGGUACAAACAUCAAAGAACACUGUGGAUCUACGUGGUAUGCGAGUGGAAGAAGCUGCUCUCCACCUCGAUAUGGCAUUAUCUGCAAGAGAGCCACGUUCAGUUAUCUUUGUUGUACAUGGGAUGGGCACCGGGGCCUUGAAGCAGCGUGCACUUGAGAUAUUAGGAAAGCAUCCACGCGUGGCCAAUUAUGAACCUGAAAGUGCAAUGAAUUUUGGUUGUACAGUUGCUUAUAUAAAUUAAAUUACAUUUUCUGAUUAAUCGAGAUUGUUUCCUUAAAGAAGUACCUGCUUAAACAUUUUAUUACUUUUUUGCCAUCAUCCAGUUCUGAAGCUUAAUCCACGAAUGUAUACAUGAUUGAACAGCCCUUAAUCAGUUCGUCUAUAAUUACUUCAUUUUUUUUUUCCAA